GCCGCCUAUAACAUAAACAGUAGAAGACAGAUGAGCAUAUCUAUUUGAUUCUUUGAAUCCUCAUGGAGGCUGCUCAAGAGCUGCAACGAGCAACAGAAACCCGAGGUGAAGAGCCAGAGAAAAACUCACACAAAGGCCUCUCUCUUACCAACCUACUGCAACUUCCUAAACUCAAACAUUACAAGUGGUGGCUUCGUGUGAUUUCUUACAUCUUCUUUCUCCUUGCCGGCCAAUCUGCAGCCACUCUCUUGGGAAGAUUAUACUAUGAUAAAGGUGGGAAUAGUAAAUGGAUGGCAACAUUUGUUCAAUCAGCAGGCUUCCCAAUUCUAAUCCCCCUUCUCUUUUUCUUGUCACCCUCCAUAAAUACUUCCUCUGCAAGGCCACCACCUCUCUCCACCCUUGCCUUUCUCUACCUAUUUUUAGGCAUACUCUUGGCAGGUGACAAUCUGAUGUAUUCAUACGGACUCUUAUAUCUCCCUGUCUCUACUUAUUCUCUACUAUGUGCAACCCAAUUGGCCUUCAACGCGAUCUUCUCCUUCUUCCUCAAUUCCCAAAAGUUCACACCCUUUAUAUUCAACUCUCUAGUCCUUGUUACCAUGUCGGCAGCCCUUCUUGCAGUCGAUGCUGACUCUGAAAACACAACAGCAGGAGUCCCUAAAGGGAAGUAUGUAAUUGGAUUUCUUUGCAUGCUCGGUGCAUCUGCAACAUACUCAUUAUACCUCUCCCUAGUGCAGCUGUCUUUUCAGAGGGUGAUAAAAACAGAGACCUUCUCUGCUGUCUUGAAUAUGCAGAUAUACCCAUCAUUUGUUGCGACAUGUGCGUGCGUGGUAGGACUUUUCGCAAGCGGUGACUGGAAAGUUUUGGAGAAAGAGAUGAAGGAAUAUGAGAAAGGAAAGAUAUCCUACUUGAUGACUUUGAUUUGGACGGCUGUGACAUGGCAGAUUUCUUCUGUGGGUAUGUUGGGGUUGGUUUUUGAGGUGUCUUCUCUCUUCUCCAAUGUCAUUGGUACAUUGGCUUUGCCUGUUGUUCCCAUUCUUGCUGUGAUAUUUUUCCAUGACAAGUUAGAUGGGGCGAAGGUGAUGGCACUGCUGUUAGCUGUGUGGGGCUUUCUUUCAUACAUCUAUCAACAUUAUCUCGACGACUCUAUAUCCAAGGUAAACAAAACCAAUGCUGAUGAGGCUUCAAGGUCUGUUGUAGAGAUUUGUUGAUGACACUUUAUUUUUUGUUUUAAUUACUUCAGUGUUUUGAGUAUUUUAUUUAAUGCUUACAUCAAUUAUGUUUAAGCACGCAAGUCACCUUACUUAUCCUUUUAACAGCCAUUCAGAACAUCAUUUUAUGUAUUAGAUAGCUAGUAAGGAACAUCAUUUAAGGAAGAUUUUACUAGAGCAAUGGUGAA